GGAGCCGAACCGGAACCGAACCGGAGCCGGAGCCGAACCGGAACCGAAUCAGAGCCGAACCGGAGCCGGACAAGCCGCGAAACGAAGCCGGAGUCGAACCGGAACCGAACCAGAGCCGAACCGGAACCGAAUCAGAACCGAACCGGAGCCAGACAAGCCCCGAACCGGAGGCAGAGCCGAACCGGAGCGAGAAAAGCCCCGAACCGGGAACGAACCGGGAGCGGAGCGGAGCCGGCCAAGCUCGGAACCGGUGCGGCCCCGGAUCGGGACCGCGAGCGGAUCGGACCGGACCGGACCGGACCGCGAACGAAACCGGAGCGGAUCGGCACCGGCUUGGGCGAACACCCGGAGCGGAGCGGAGCGGAUCGGGCCCGGGAUGCCGCGCACGGGGCCCCCCCGCGGCCGCUGCCCGCGCCCGGGCCCCUGAGGCCGGAGGAUGCACCUUAGCCAUGGCGGCGGCGCUGCGGCCCGCUAGGAUGACGCCGACGCCGGCGGCGGCGGCGGCAGCUCCGGCACUCGCUUGGCUGCUUCUCCUGCUUCUGCAACCGCCCGAAGCGACGCGGGGGACGGUGGCGGCGGCGGCGGCUGCUCCUCCACCCACCUGCCCGGCCGCUUGUUCCUGCAGCAACCAAGCGAGCCGGGUGGUUUGCACGAGACGUGAGCUGCUGGAGGUACCCGCCAGCAUCUCGGUGAACACGCGGUACCUCAACCUGCAGGAGAACCACAUCCAGGUGAUCCGUACGGACACCUUCAAGCACCUGCGGCACCUGGAGAUCCUGCAGCUCAGCAAGAACCUGGUGCGCAAGGUGGAGGUGGGCGCCUUCAACGGCUUGCCCAACCUCAACACGCUGGAGCUCUUCGACAACCGCCUCACCACGGUGCCCACGCAGGCCUUCGAGUACCUGUCCAAGCUACGCGAGCUCUGGCUCCGCAACAACCCCAUCGAGAGCAUCCCGUCGUACGCCUUCAACCGGGUGCCCUCGCUGCGGCGCCUCGACCUGGGCGAGCUCAAGCGCCUCGAGUACAUCUCGGAGGCGGCUUUCGAAGGGCUCGUCAACCUGCGCUACCUGAAUUUGGGCAUGUGCAACCUCAAGGACAUCCCCAACUUGACGGCGCUGGUACGUUUGGAAGAGCUGGAGCUUUCGGGGAACCGUUUGGACAUGAUCCGGCCGGGUUCUUUCCAAGGUUUGAGCAGCUUGCGGAAGCUGUGGUUGAUGCACGCGCAGGUGGGCGCCAUCGAGCGCAACGCCUUCGACGACCUCAAGGCGCUGGAGGAGCUCAACCUGGCGCACAACAACCUGGCGUCGCUGCCCCACGACCUCUUCACGCCGCUGCCCCGGCUCGAGCGGGUUCACCUCAACCACAACCCGUGGCGUUGCGACUGCGACGUCCUCUGGCUCAGCUGGUGGCUCAAGGAGACGGUGCCGAGCAACACGACGUGCUGCGCCCGGUGCCACGCGCCGCCGCCGUUGCGGGGCCGUUACAUCGGCGAGUUGGAGCAGAGCCACUUCACUUGCUACGCUCCGGUCAUCGUGGAACCGCCGGCCGACCUCAACGUCACCGAGGGCAUGGCGGCGGAGCUCAAGUGCCGCACGGGCACGGCCAUGACCUCGGUCAACUGGUUGACGCCCAACGGCACGCUCAUGACGCACGGCUCUUACCGGGUGCGCAUCUCGGUGCUGCACGACGGCACCCUCAACUUCACCAACGUCACCGUGCAGGACACGGGGCAGUACACCUGCAUGGUGACCAACGCCGCCGGCAACACCACCGCCUCGGCCACGCUCAACGUGUCGGCCGCCGACGCGGCGGCGGCGGCCGCCGCGGCCGCCGCGGCCACCGGUUACACCUACUUCACCACCGUCACGGUGGAGACCACCGACGGUGGCGGCGGUGGCGGCGGCGAGGAGCUGGCACCCAAGACGGAGGCGGCGCCCACGGCCACGGCGGCGUGGGCACCCGGCGGCGGCGGUUCCACGGCGCCGCCGGCCACCCGGGCCACCGCCAAGGCCUUCACGGUGGCCAUCACGGCGGCGGCCGAGGGCGGCCUCAAGGACCUGGACGACGUGCUGAAGACCACCAAGAUCAUCAUCGGCUGCUUCGUGGCCAUCACCUUCAUGGCGGCCGUGAUGCUGGUGGCCUUCUACAAGCUGCGCAAGCAGCACCAGCGCCACAAGCACCACGGCCCCGCGCGCGCCGUGGAGAUCAUCAACGUGGAGGACGAGCUGGGCGCCGGCGCAGCCGCCGCCGCCGCCGGCGACAACCGGCUGGCGCUGCCGGCCCUGGAGCGCGACCACCUCGACCGUUACGCCGCCUUCGCCGCCCACUACGGCAACAGCGGCGGCGCCCUGGGCUGCGCCAAGAACCCGCUGCUCAACUCGGUGCACGAACCGCUGCUCUUCAAGAGCGCCUCCAAGGAGAACGUGCAGGAGACGCAGAUCUGA